UGUAAGACAAUGCGGUGGUGUGGUGGUCCUUGCGAUCUCCUGCGGCGCAAGAUUUUUGUCCUGCUUGUUCUGAUCGGCUGCAGCGAUGGCUAUUUUAAUAUAUUCAUCAGCCAUUCUCAGGUCAUGAAGCUUUUAGGACUCGAGGCCGAGUUGUACUACGUGCGGGAGGGGGUGGUCAACACGUACGCGAUGAAUUUCGUCGUGCCUGUACCGGCGAACAUAGCGGACCUAGAAUUUUCAUGGCAGAGCCUCGUAGGACAUCCGUUACGAUAUUCGAUGGAACUGGAUUAUGAUGUGGUGGGCGUACCAGGUGGACCAUCUUCUGGGAUGAUGGCGUUGUUACCACCAAGGGUGAACGUGUCUGCCCAAGGCGAGGUGCCGGUCACUCUGCAGGUUUUCAGGAUCAGAUUACCGUGUUCGGGUGUCGUUAGCGCCGAAAUUCCUUUAGCGCUUAGAUUGAAUGUCACGGCGCCACCCGGUACCAGGUACAAUGACACCGUCUUGGUCUUCAAGAGGAACAAGAUCUGCUUGAAAGGUGUCGAGACUCCUCCCAGCAAUGAUUCGGUGCGUUUGGAACCCGAUCCACUCGCGAAUGGUGCCGGUGCACUCUACAUCGCUGCUACCUGUGCUUGCGCUUUAAUUUUGGUCGUCGGCAGUGUUGCCAGUGCGUUAUACAUUCGCAACAGCAAAGCGCGAGUUCAAGAAUCUCAGAAAACUCUGCCCUGCUGCAGUUACUCCGCGGCCGACACCGGUGGCCUGGCCAGGAGUUCCGUUUUAGUUAGAGUCGACCCACGACCCGGAAGUGCGAAUUCCGGAAGUUACGCUACUAUCGCCGACCUCGAGCCGCUGUAUGCGAGGCCAUGCGGUUCCAGAGCCAGUUACUACGCGGCGAGCCACGUGACGCAUCUCAGCCAGUCGACCGAUCCGUGUGAAAAGGCCCGAGCACUCGCAGUAUCGAGAUCGGCGUUAUACUGCCGUACUCUCGUGCAGGAAGGGACUUUCGGUCGCGUAUACAAAGGAACUUUGGAGUUAGCUGGACGGGAGCAAGAAGUCAUCAUAAAAACGGUUACAGAGGUAGCAUCCGCUUACCAAGCUUCUCUUUUGGUGGUGGAAGGCUCGCAACUGGCUGGAUUAGUUCAUACAAACAUCGCCUCUUUGGCGGCCGCUUGUCUGGACAGUUCAUGUCCUUUACUGGCUUAUACAAGCACGCCUGGUGAGCUUAACCUGAAGGUCUACCUUACGGAUGGAAAUCACCAUCCCGUGACCAGAGAUUUGGUGCAUGUUGGUGCGCAGGUUGCUCGAGCUGGAGCGUUUCUUCAUGGGCGAGGUCUGCUACACAGGGAUAUUGCUGCCAGAAAUUGCAUAAUCGAACCGGGCAGUCUCCGUGUGAGACUAGCUGACGCUGCCCUGGCUCGAGAUCUCUUCCCUCAGGACUAUCAUUGUCUCGGUGAUAACGAGAACCGACCCAUACGCUGGAUGGCCCUAGAGAGUCUCCAACGUAACGAAUACAGUACAGCUGCUUCCAAGUGGUCCUUCGGAGUAUUCCUAUGGGAAUUGGCGACACUGGGUCAACAGCCGUACGUAGAAGUAGACCCGUUCGAGAUGAUGGCGUGUCUCCGAGACGGAUAUCGGCUCGCUCAACCGAGACCUUGUCCCGAUGAGCUCUUCGCCUGUAUGGAAGCCUGCUGGCUCAGUCCCCCCAGGGAUCGACCAACCAUGCCGCAGCUGCUCGCCUAUUUGCAAGAUUUCCACGAUGCGCUGGGUGGAUUUAUUUAAAUCGUCUGUCUGCGA